AUGGCCGGCGCCCUCUUCGCCUGGGCGCUCUGCGCCCUGCUCGGCGCGCCCGCGGCGGGCGCGGGCGGCCGCGGCGCCACCGGCACUGGCCAGGCCCGCUCCCUGCUGCAGACGUGGGAUGCCGCCCUGGACGGCACCGGGGCCGGCGCGAGGUCGAAGGCGACGCCUUUGGCGAAGGUGGUGAGCCUGCUGAAGAGCAUGCAGGACACCCUGAAAAAGGAGAUGGACGAGGACCAGAAGUUGUACGAGAAGCUCAAGUGCUGGUGCGAGAACAACGACUGGGAGAAGACCAACGCCAUCGAGGACAGCCAGACCAAGAUCGAGCAGCUGGAGGCCGACAUCGAGUCGCUCUCGGCCAAGAAGGAGGAGCUAGUCGCGAUCAUCAAGGAGGUGGGCGCUGCGGAGCAGGUGGUCGGAAUCACUCCAAGUGGGUUGCGCAGUUGGACCUGCCCGCUGAAGUCGUCGGUUCUCUGCGCCUCGAUUGCGGAGAUGCGGCGGGCGGCGACGUGGGGCGCGGCCUGCGCGCGCGUUCCAGCGCGUGGGUGGCAGACCAUGGCGCCACCGCAUGAGGUGAAGGUCAAGUUCUGCACCGGGAAGGAGUGGAUGAGGCCGAAGCUCGAGCGCUUCGUGGACCUCCUAAAGGACAAGCUCGGAGACAAGGCCAUGGUUACCGUGGAGGAGGGGGAGCAGGGCAGGGUCAUCGUGUCUUUGGGAGGCGAGAUCAUGUACGACAAGACAAAAGACAAGUACUACCAGCCCGGAUACGAGGGCGGCUGCGGCGGCUUCGGAGUGCCGACGCCAGAGAGGCUUCACGAGGUGACCAAGUCCAUCGGUGACAAGUGUGGCGUGGACGCCAGGUGGACCAGCGCGGAGCUCAAGGAGAUGCUGCAGCUUCAGCAGGACCACAUGAAGGAAGGCAAGCAGAACAGGGCGAUCUACAUGGUUGACGGCAAGAUGUACGACCUCAAGGAUUUCAUCCCGAUGCACCCUGGCGGGGUAAGAUGGUUCAAGACCCCUCAUGUGGACAUCACGGCCGAGCUCAACACUUACCACGACAAUCCACAGAAGAUCCGCGGUGUUUUGAAGAACUACGAGAUCAACGAUGUCGGGUACGGCGAUGUCCCUCUGAUCUUGUCACCUCCACCUUUCCUUAACGUUGGCGCUCAGGCAGAUGGUGGCUCAGGCGAGGUCUUCGACUGGGACGACCCCAAAUGCCUCGUCCCUACCAUCCGCAGACGUAUCCGCGAGGAUAAGGGUCUUGUCGAGAGGAUGAGGCAGGCGGACAUGAAUUUUGACCGCGCGGUGAAGUGCAUUUUCAUCGUCCACCUCCUUCUCAUCUUCCCAGUUGUAGGGUAUGGGCUCUUACCUUUGUGGUUGGUAGUGAUUUUGAUGACGGUAACCCGGACCAGUCUAGCUGCAUGCGGCCAUUACCAUUGUCAUCGGGCAAAGGAUGGCACCAAAGAUUGGGGCGAGGCUUUCUUUGACAUGCAGUACGUUGGUCAGCAUUUGAUCACUUUUCUUGGGCACGUGAUCGGGCACCACGUGCAGAGUGACCGAUUCAAGGAUCCUAAGGCAACCGUUUUCACCGCGAUGCUGGAGAUUCCACGAAUAUGGCGGAUACCUUCGUUCACAUUCUUCCGUUUUGGCCACAUGCUCACCGGCACUUUCCUGAGAUACGUGAGGUUCGCUAUCAUAGACACAGACUCCGUCGACGAGGUUGCGUUUACUCAUACCGGUACCGCUUGGAACAAGCUGAAGACAGCACAGUUUUUUUUUGUGCGCAUGUUGCUCGUCAUUGAGUUCUUCUGGUGCGUCUACACAGGUCAUUGGCUAUUCUGGGCCGUGCAAUUCACCACCACCGUCUGGGUGAAUUUGUUCAUGAUCGUGUCUAGCCACGAGUUCGAGAAUCCGCCAGCGAUCCGCGAGAACAACAGGGACUGGGGAGUCUUCCAGGUGGAGAACGCUGCCGAUGUGUACAUCACAGGGUUCAAGUACCUGGACACAUUCCUGAGUGCUGGCCUCACAGAACAUAGGGUCCAUCAUUUGUUGCCGAACAACCGCUCAGGUUGGGCGAACAUCGUCGUUGAACCACUCGUGAAGGAGGUUUGCGAGAAGGAGUUCGGCAUCAAGUGGGACCCGCCAGUCAACUUCUGGACCGUGCGCGUGGCCCAGCUCGCCAGGAUGUACUUCACCGACCCAGCGCGGUAUCCCAAGUUCCUUGGCGGAGAGAAGAUGGGCGGGGACACCGGGCCCGAGUGGUGGUGCUUCGUCAAGGAGCACAUCAACCCUGGCCCCCUGGUCAAGACGUUCGCGUUCACCAUGCUGGGCUUCGUCGGCAUGGGCAUCUAG